ACCUUGGAUCAGCUGGCUCCUGGCUGCCAGUUACACGAUAAUGUGGUUCUAACAGGCUAACGAAAGUUUGAAGACGGAAGAGCUGUGAUUUUGUUACAUCCUUGAUAAAUCCAAGGCUCAUUAUACGAAUAUGGGUUGCUGUAAGUGGUGUUGUGUGUUGUUGGUGGUGACCUUCCUUGUUGUAGCAGGCAGCAUGGGGCUCUUCACUGCCUUCUUCCCCUACCCAAGUCAUGCUUCUUGUCAUGUUGAUUGGAUAUUUGGCAAGGAAUGCUACAUUGUGAAGGACCGUCUUAUCCAGCAAAUGAAACUUUGGAGCAGUGAUCAAUGUUCUGCAAAGCAGCAUUGUAAUUAUAAGUACGUUGUGGAGGGAAACACUAUUCAAGGUAAUCACACCACGCCUGUUAUGUCAUAUGUGGACAAGCUGAACUUCACUCUUACUGAUGCCAGUGAUGGAACCUGCUUAGUCAAGGCAUACAGUGAAUCAACUGCAUCAUAUGCAGUAAUAGACUUUGGAGUUAACUACUGCAACCUACGGAAUCUAGUAGUUGGGUCAAAGCUCAAUGAAAAUGAUCCAAAAUAUCAAGAGAAUUCAACUAAUUCUCAGUGCACAAUGUAUUCUAUUGCACACUGCAAUAUAUACACAUAAGGAAAGGCACAUAUUCUAGUUAAGGAUUACUUUGACUUGUAAUGGCUGGAAGGUUAUGAAUUGGAUCGUCUCUUCAUUCACUGACUUCCGUGAGCAUCCAUAGCUUCCCAGCAUCCUAAGUUGUGAUGGUUUAAAUUCAGUUUUAUGAAGUAAGUUUCAUUCCACAAAACUAAUCUUUUCUGUGUGUAUUAUAAUAGGGUGAGGCUAUUUACCUAGCAGCUUGAUAAGUUGAUGCUGUGUAGAUAUUUACUAAGCAUUGCGGUAAAUGAGUUAGUGGUAUGUAGUUAUUAAUCAAGCAGCUUGAUAAGAAAGGUGAUGCUAUGUAGCUAUUUACUAACCAGUUCUGGAUAUAGGUCAAUGUUGUGUGUUAUUACAUGCACAAGCACUCUCAAACACAUACAUGGGUGUGAAAAAGCAUACACAUGCAUGUUGUGCACACAUACACAAAGCAAGGCAGCUUGAGCAAACAUCAUUUGAUGAUUAUUUUCCAAACGUACCAAGAGUAUUCAGGCAGGAUUGAGCAGGGAUGAGUCCCUAAUUUAAGUGAAGUUUUAUUAUAAACAAAAAUGUAAUUGGGAGACUGUAAAUAGCAUGCACGUAUUCACACACACACACACCGACCACAGAAGUGAGAGGACGUGGACAGACGAAGCAGAGAACAACAAUAUUUGUCAGUCAGAAGGGCCCGAGCAACAGCUAAGUUAUUUGAGUCAUGUCUCCUAGGAGUUUAGAAAUUGAGAGGAAUAUGAGAGAGUGAGAAGCAAUAAGUAUAAUGGGGAGAGAAGGAGAGGAAGGAGGCUGGAUGAAAGGUAAACAAAGAUUCAAGAUGGUGGAGUCUCCUAAUCGACGGGGAGAGGACUCAUGGGAGAGUUUCGAGGGCUUCAUGCCAAAAUCAACAAUGGAACCGGUACAGUGGAAAAGGAUAAACAAAGUGGAGCAGGACUGUGACAAAAUAGUGAUGGAAAUGAGGAAGUUAAGAGCGGAGUUUGGGGAAGUGAUUCAGGCACUGACCGAAGUGGAAAAAGAGAGAUGAUGAGGCAAGGAGAAGAGACGAGGAGAUAAAGAAAAUGAUAGAGAACUUGAGAGAAGAAAUAAUUAAAUUGACUAAGGAUCAGUUGGAAAGCCAAAAAGAAAUAGUGCAACUGAAGAUGGAAAAAUUAAAAAAAGACCAUGAGAUACAAAUUUUGAAAACGGAAAGAGAGAUUAAUGUGAUGGGGACAAACGAAGACAUGGAGAAGAAGAUGGAAGAAAUGUUAAAAAGAAAGGUAGCAAAGAAGAUAGGAAAUGAUCAGCAGAGUGCGGGUGUAAAGGUAGAGGAAAAGAUUAAGGAUGUGGUCAGUGAUGAAUUGAAGGAGUGGAGAAGUGAAAAAGACAAGGAAAAAACGAGCUUUAGGGAAAUCCUG